UCCGCAGAACACACACCCUACUCCGAGAUGAAGCUGUUCAUCGUUGCUGCCGUCCUGGCCGUUGCUGCUGCCGACAGGCUGCCCGCCCCGCGCUCAUACUCUGUCCCCGCUCCGCCCUCGUACUCUGCCCCCGCUCAGCCCUCGUACUCUGCCCCUGCCCAGCCUUCGUACCCUGCUCCUGCUCAGCCCUCUUACUCCGCUCCUGCUGCCCCCAAGUACUCCCCCAAGGUGAUCGAGAUCCUGAGCCAGGAGUUUGACCUGCGUGACGACCAGUCCUACGAUUCCAGCUUCCAGACUGAGAACGGCAUCUACGCCUCCGAGUCUGGCCAGGCCGUGGCCGGCUACGGAGAUGAGCAGAGCUACGCCGUCCAGGGCCAGUACAGCUACACCGGCGACGACGGUGUCAGCUACACCGUGACGUACGCGGCCGACGCCAACGGCUUCCAGCCACAGGGUGGACCACCUGCCGACCCCCGUGCCCACCGAGUACCCGACCCCGGAG